AAGAAAUUUCUAUAAAACUGCUUUUUGCUCCAUGGAAGUCAAUAAGAAGUUUACCAAAAAUCAUUUACUUUUUCAAGGAACCUAAACAGCUAAUAGAAACAAUGAGCGGUAGAAUGUCAUCUGAAUAUCGAGCUGGUUCAUCAAGUGGCCACGUAUUCAAACCUUCACUGCAAGACAUCUCUUUAAAGAGGUUCAGGAUGAGAUACAGUACCAUAUCUGACUGUUACUAUCUCCAUUGGGACAACACUGUCUGCCCUGCACUGUGUAGGAUCAAUGGACUGGAGAAUGGAUCCAAUGAGAUGGAUAGACUGACAUUAGUAAAGACCAAUAAAGACACAGCGUAUAUUACUUCAAUUGAAGAUAGCAACAUGGUUGAAAUGGUUGAUUCUCCUUCUCCUCCCUCCAUCAGUUGGAAAUUUGAUUUUAGUGGGUGUGGUCUUGCCGUCAAGAGUAUUCUAAUUAAAGCUCGGCACAAGACGACAAAAUACGGAGAGAACCUCGUGACGUUUAGCGUUGAAGGAGACAGAGAGAACGAGAUAAAGAGGACAAUGGCAUUCAGUGAUUAUUUAAAGGAGGUCCCAAUAUUAAGAGGUAGUAAGAUGGUAAAGUUGACAGCUACCCUCCACAGCAGUGUUGAUGGUACCAGUAACACUAACGACACUCACUUCCUGACCAGCUCCACUGAUGAUGACGACUGCCCACUGGACAUCAUCAUCAACCUUAUGUGUCCCCAGCCUGAAUCAUGGCCAUUCAUUGGUGAGGUUCUUCUUGGCCUUAAGUACAAUCCAUCAGGAGCCAGUGACAGUCUCAGGGAUAAAUCAGACAUUACAGUCGACUGUGGACUACUGGCUGGACAGUUACAGGUUCAUCUUGUAGAGGGGGACGGAUUGGGGAGAGAGAAGAGCAAGAAGCCAUUAAACUCUUUCCUAAAAUGUGCUUUUCUUCCUGAUCCAAACAGCGUCACCUCACAACAGACCAGCCCUAAGACCAGUGCCUACCCUACGUGGUCUAAAGAACUCAUAUACGCCGGAAUAGACAACCUUGAUCUUCUUCAUGGAGGCCUUGAAGUCCUUCUGUACGAUCAUCACCUUUUCUUUAAUGAUAGUCUGAUUGGAGGUCUGAGGCUCUCUAUACCUCAGAGACGCUCAACUGAUAAGUUGAGUGCUCCGAGUGUUGCCUCUAGUAAUAUUGGGUAUCUUGUCUCUCCGCCUAACUCUCGGUGUUCUUCGCCGGGUCUUCCGGCCUCAAAGGACAUGAAAUCUUGCUUGUCUCACGAGAGGAUUAAUACCCCAACCCUCCUGCUUAAUUCAGGACUGGAGAGUGAAGAAGGUAUCCACAGUAGUACUCCGGACUUAGAUCAGGCAGUGUCCUCUCGUAUACUCAAGACCAGACCCGCCUCCUUCAGUGCUUCAUCAAUCAACGACUUAACAAUCCUGAGGAAGGUCCCUGUAUUCACUCUACCCAACAGGGACUCCCCCCUCCUCUCCCCUCGCUUCUCCCCCUCGCCCAUAUUAAGACGCAAGCGCUCACCAAAACACUCCCCUAAAUCCUCCCGCCCACACAAGACAGAUUAUAUACAUGACUGGAUGGACUCCACUGGAGAUGAGGUCGUCCAUUGGAGCAGAAUGCUUGAUUCACCUGGUGAGUGGGCCUACUGCUGGCAUUUAUUAAGAGGCGACAUUACACCUGCUAAUGAACUCUGAAAUCUGAAAAGAAAUUUUGACCUUUAAAAAAUUUAUUGUGACUUUUCUCUCUCAAACUUAACCUCAAAUGAUCCGACAUUAAUUAUUCAUUGUUAAUUGUUAAUUAUUAUAAUUUUAAUGUGUCAAUCAAUUAUUGUUCAGUUUAAAUGUGUUGUACAUUUGUUUAAUCACUUAAUCAAA